UCCUGCAAAUUUUCUCCCUUGAUCUUCCCAUUUAGUAUUCCAAUUUAGCUCAUCAUAUACAAAUAAAUAGAAAAUGGGAAGACCUCCGUUGAAGGAUGAAAGAAAUGAAGGGUUAAAGAAAGGGCCAUGGACACCAGAAGAAGAUGAGAAGCUGAAAGAUUACAUAGAUAAACAUGGGCAUGGCAGUUGGCAGUUGCUUCCGAGGAGAGCCGGCCUUAAUAGGUGCGGGAAAAGCUGCAGACUCCGGUGGAGCAACUAUCUCCGGCCCGACAUCAAGCGUGGAAACUUCUCUCCCCAAGAAAUUCAGACCAUCGUCGACCUCCACUCCAGCCUUGGCAAUAAGUGGGCUAUGAUUGCAAGUCGACUUCCAGGAAGGACCGACAACGAGAUCAAGAAUUACUGGAACACUCAUCUUAGGAAAAAACUUCUACGCAACGGCAUUGAUCCGCAAACACAUCAACUAUUAACUGAUUUAAACUUCCCUCCAAAUUUCAACAAUUUCCCGUUGAGUUCCCUCGAAAACUUGGCCAACAUUAGACUACUCGGAAAUAUAAUCCAACUUCUCAACUCGAAUCCGUUGCCAUCUUUCUCACAUACAACUUUGGAUGGGAUUCUGAACCCUACCUUGCAACUCCCAUCUUCGAUUGCCAACGUUACGUUUUCUGUUGAUUAUAAACCGGUUUGUAACACGUUCCAGCCACCCGAAGUUCAGCAACAUGUGACUAACGCGGAAUACUGUCUUCCCGGAUUGACUCCGGCCACCUCAGAAAUUUCCUCCGGCAACGUAGGCCACAGCAGCAUUUGUGACUAUUCACUGCUAAAUCAAAAUUAUGAAGAGUUUUUAGUGGAUGAUGAAAACAACAGCUCUUUUUGGAAGGAUAUUUUAUCUGAAUCUUUUCCUUCUUCAUCUUUGUAAUUAUA